GUUUGCUUUAUUGCAGCCAAUUUUGCCACCAAACAUGAAGAUUCUGCUUCUCCUGGGACUGAUCGCCGCCGUGCGGGCCGCUCCGGGCUACUACGGCGAUCACGGGCUGUCGUACGUUGCGGCCGCUCCGGCACCGUACGUGAAGUACGCCGCGCCGGCCGUAUCGGUCGUCCAUGCCGCACCGGCCCCCGUGCUGAAGUAUGCCGUGGCGCCGGCCCCGAUCGUGAAGGCGGUUGCACCGGCGGCCACCAGCUACGCCACCAUCCAUCAGGUGCACGCGCCGGUGGUGCAUGCUGCACCGGUGGUUAAGUACGCCGCACCGGCCCCGGUCGUGUCGUACGUCCACUCGGCACCGGCGGUCGUCGCUCAUGCGCCCGCUCCGCUGCUCAAGUACGCGCCCGCCUACCACGGAUGGUAAGCAAGCACCAAAGAAGACCGUCCACCCUUUGGUGGCAAGGAACGUUCGCCCGAUCAUCUCUACGCCAUCUGUUUCCAAGCCCAGCUUCUGCAAGCAUCUCUGAAAGCCAUAGUGAAGUUUGGUUGUGUGCGUUAUUUAUUACCUUUUUUGUUUCGUUUUUUUUUUUGUUGAGAAUAAACAACCACAGCAAACGGUA